UGGCAAGGCUCCGGUGCGCGCCGAGCGAGCUAGCCAGCUAGCUGAGCGCCGCACCUCUGGCGUACCAUACCGUUGAUAGCAUGCUGUCGUCGAUGUCGACCUCCAACAAAGCUCGAGUUCAGACGGGAUAAUAUUCGCUCCUCAAAGGACCACAAAGGUGAAAGUGACAUUAUAAGUGCUUGCUGAUAUCUUCUCUGGAUGUAGAGUUGUAGACAGAUGAUUGGGCAAGGUUAUUCCAUGAUCUUUGCACGUUCAAGGGUGAUACUACAGGAGCUGAACAAGGUAUUGCCCUCAACAUUGUGGUCACAACAGUUAAGAAGUGGAAGGUUAGCAGCAAUGGCUUCAAUACAUUCCUUCACUCAUGAUGUUUUCCAACCCCCAGCAGACAUUAUGCCUUCAAAUUCCAUCGAUAAAGAAGCAUUCAAGAAAACCGCAACCAUACCUGCCUUGAAAGUCAACAAACGAUGCAUUCAUAAAGUCCUCAAGGCGUUCAAGAUGGCCACGUUCAGUCGACCUCGUUUCGCUGUCAUCCGUGAAGUUCUGACCAACCCUGAUGAAAAGUUCUUUCUCCUGGAUCCACAAAACAUGUGUGAUUUAGAAGCAAUGACAGAGAGACAGCAAUCUGUACUGAAGGAGAAUGAUGUGGAGGAGAGGUUACAUGAGUAUACCUUGGAGCUGACUUACAAGGACUGGCAACCCCAUGAAGUGCUUCAGCGAUUGUUACCUGACAGUGUAGAAGUUCCCACGGGCUUUAGCAGAGUUGGCCAUAUUAUGCACCUGAACCUCAGACAGGCUCAAUUAGAGCAUAAAAAGCUGAUAGGGGAAGUUUUGUUGGAGAAGACUCCAGGCAUCAAGACGGUGGUCAACAAACUCAAUGAGAUUGACAAUACUUAUCGAUUCUUCAACAUGGAGUGCAUCGCUGGGGAGCCUGAUACUGUGGUUACAGUUAAAGAAAACCAUGUAGCGUAUUCCUUUGACUUUGCUAAGGUGUACUGGAACCCCCGCUUAUCAACAGAACAUCAGCGGAUCAUUGAGAAAUUGCACCCAACGGACGUUGUAUACGACAUGUUUGCAGGUGUUGGGCCAUUUGCCAUUCCUGCGGCAAAAAAGGGAUGUGAAGUACACGCCAAUGACUUGAAUCCUGAAUCCUUCCGAUGGUUGGAGGUAAAUGCCAAGCAGAACAAACUCUCUAGCAGAUUAAAGGCAUCAAACUUGGAUGGUAGACAGUUUGCAGUUGACAUUGUAAAACCAGACUUGAUCACCAAAGCUAAAGAAGGCUUCAAAUACAAAGCGCACAUUAUCAUGAACCUGCCUGCCAUUGCCGUUGAGUUUCUAGACAUCUUCCCUUCUCUACUGAGUCUAGUGCCUUCGGAACUCAAAGAUAAAAUCCCAGAGGUUGUAGUCCAUUGCCAUGGCUUCUCCAAAUCAGACAAACCCGCUGAAGACAUCCAGAGCAGGGUAGAGGACAUCUUGAAGUGUAGGUUGAACUGUCCAGAGAUCCAUGAUGUCAGGGAUGUUGCUCCCAAUAAAGAAAUGAUGUGCAUCAGCUUCUCUAUGCCUUCAACUAUCUUAUGUGCUCCGACUAAUGGAGAUAUUGGUGGAGCAGGAGAUCAUCAGACUGAACAUCAGACUGAACAGUCAGGGAGUGCAGAAGGAUCAGAAUCAGAUCAAGAUGGACCUGCUAUAAAGAAACCAAGAACACAUUAAUUUUCAUAUUCAAGAACUAUUAUGUAUUAUUUCCAGGACAAUUCCAACAUUGAUUUCAUUAUGAAACAUGCUUCCAUGGUAAUCAUUUGUUUCCUAAUAUUACCUUGAGAUUUAAGUAAGUAAUCAGCUUAAUCAUUGGAUGUUUUGUCAUCAGAGUUGAAGCCAAUAGUGAGUAUUUGCAUUAAAGCCCCACUGCACUACUUAUAAAUACUUGCGCCUUCUAUACAGCCAACAAUGCCUAAGCAGUACCCAUUGAUUCCCCAUGAUGCACUUAUGUUAAUUGAGAGCUGAAUUGAUGAGAUAACCAGCUGCCAGUGACCUUGCAGGGAGGUCUAAUCCCUCCUGUCCAAACUAGUGCAGAGAGGCUUGAAAGCUUCAUUUCAAGAGAACAAUUUGAUAUUUGAUAUUUUUUCAUGUACAUAACAUCACAGGUCAUGUGCUUGUUCCAGCACACUUGACAAUUGUACUUUAUGACCCUUUAGAUGAAGUCUUCCUCCAAAUGUAAGCAAAUUAACUAGACUGCACAGAUAUGUACAUUUGGGGAUAUGUGUAAUAGUCUAGCAGGUAGACAACUAAAUGGCCAGGAUGUACCCCUAACAUUUCAUUAAUUACUCAACAGUCAGAUAUUUUUCUAUAGAUUCCACCAGAGAUUAUGAAUCUAUUGUGACAUUUUGUUAAGUUAUGUUACAAUCUAUUUAUGUAAUUAUUUCUAAUAUUUGUUACCAGAAAAUAAGAUAAUCCUGAAGAAGUGGAUAGACUAAUAUGAAAUAUAUAAUCUGAAUAAAAUGUUAGGACGUUUUUAGUGCUGAUUGGGAUGGGGGAGGGGUUGAGAGGCCUUCACAAAUUUGCAGCAUAUUCAUAAGAUAUAACAUGAAAUUUAUAUUUCAUGCCAUGCCACAUUAUUGCGUACAUGUAGUAAGUCUAGUCUUCAUCUCUUUACAAUGUCUAGUAAGCACUUGUACAACACAUUUGAGAAGCUAUCAUUUAAUUUGUAAAUAGGGUGCCUUGUUCCAACUUCAUAUCAGACUCAUAUAUAUGAAACUAUUCAGCUGCAAAACUUGGAAAAAUAUGAAUACCGGUAAUGAAGAUUAAAACAAGAAAACUAAAUAAACACUAUCAUCAAAUUCAUCUAAAUCAAGAGUUUGUUUUUUAGUAUAGGUAUAUGCAUACUAUUUGAAUCUUUUUAAUCAUUUUUAAGAAAUUUGUGGUGAACAAUUUUUUU